GGCUGCUCGGCGGCGGCAGCGGCUGCGCGAGCCUCGCUCGUUGCCGCGGGGACCGGGCGCCAACCGUCGCCAACCGCCGCGCUCCACACAGGAGUAGAAGCAUAAAGAGGCGUUUCCUUUAUGAAGGCUGAUAAGAGAGUCGAGUAGCAGUUUGAAGUGGUAUGGCUUGACUGCUUUUACAUUUGCAAUGAGAGAGCUACAUUUCUCAGUGCUGGAGGGGAAGUGAUGCUAGUAGUGGAUUAUACUCAUUGCAGCACAGUUGAAAACAAUAAAUCCUAAUCACUGGUAGACUAUAAACAAAUGUGAUGCUGAAAUGAGAUGAGGCUCCGAAAUGGAACUGUGGCCACCGUGUUAGUUUUCAUCACUACUUUCCUCAGUUUGUCCUGGUACACUGCAUGGCAAAAUGGGAAAGAAAAGUUGAUUGCUUACCAACGGGAAUUCCAUGCUUUGAAAGAACGCCUUCGCAUAGCUGAGCACAGAACUUUGCAGCGCUCCUCUGAGUUAAAUGCCAUCUUGGAGCAGUUCAAGCGUGCAGUAGCAGAAACAAAUGGAAGUAAGGAUGCAUUAAACAAUUUUUCAGAUGAAACAGUGAAAUUGCUAAAAGAGCUAACAAGCAGAAAAUCUCUUCAGGUGCCAAAUAUUUAUUACCAUUUGCCUCACUUAUUGAAGAAUGAAGGAAGUCUUCAACCAUCAGUGCAGAUUGGCCUUGGACGAACAGGAGUUUCAAUUGUGAUGGGAAUUCCCACAGUGAAAAGAAAAGUCAAGUCUUAUCUUACAGAAACUCUCCAUUCUCUUAUUGAUAAAUUGUCUCCUGAAGAGAAAUUGGAUUGUGUUAUGGUUGUCUUCAUAGGAGAGACAGAUCUUGAUUAUGUCCAGGGUGUUGUAGCAAGCCUGGAAAAAGAAUUUUCUACAGAAAUCAAUUCUGGCUUGGUGGAAGUAAUAUCCCCUCCUGCAGCUUAUUAUCCUGACUUGACAAACUUAAAAGAGACAUUUGGAGAUUCAAAAGAGAGAGUCAGGUGGCGAACAAAGCAAAACUUAGACUACUGCUUUCUUAUGAUGUAUGCCCAGAAAAAGGGCAUCUAUUAUAUUCAGCUUGAAGAUGACAUUGUUGUCAAGCAAAAUUAUUUCAGCACAAUAAAAAAUUUUGCACUUCAGCUUGCUUCUGAAGAUUGGAUGAUUCUAGAAUUUUCUCAGCUGGGUUUCAUUGGUAAAAUGUUCCAGUCUCCAGAUAUCACGUUUAUUGUGGAGUUUAUAUUUAUGUUUUACAAGGAGAAACCUAUUGAUUGGCUGUUAGAUCAUAUCCUCUGGGUGAAAGUCUGCAACCCUGAAAAAGAUGCAAAACAUUGUGAUCGACAAAAAUCUAAUCUACGGAUACGCUUCAGGCCUUCUCUUUUCCAACAUGUUGGCCUGCACUCCUCACUAGCAGGAAAGAUCCAGAAACUCACAGAUAAAGAUUUCCUGAAACCGUUACUGCAUAAAAUUCAUGUGAACCCACCUGCAGAGGUUUCUACGUCUUUAAAAGUCUACCAAGGACAUACACUCGAAAAAACCUACAUGGGGGAGGAUUUUUUCUGGGCUGUUACUCCUGUUGCUGGGGAUUAUAUUCUAUUUAAAUUUGACAAGCCAGUCAAUGUAGAAAGAUACCUGUUUCAUAGUGGCAAUCCAGAGCAUCCUGGAGAUAUAUUGCUAAAUACAACAGUGGAGGUUUUGCCUUUUAAGAAUGAAGACUUUGUAGUAACCAAAGAAACCAAAGACAAACGCUUAGAGGAUGGCUAUUUUAGGAUAGGUAAAUUUGAAAGCGGCAUAGCAGAAGGUACAGUUGACCCAAGUCUAAACCCAAUUUCAGCAUUCCGACUUUCAGUAAUCCAAAACUCGGCAGUUUGGGCAAUUCUGAAUGAGAUCCAUAUUAAAAAGGUCACAAACUGAUCAACAUCUCUUUGGAGAUUGCAGACUUUUCCUAAUAAAUCCUACAUCUUUAACAAGUCACAGAUUGAAAGUACUAAGCAUGCACCUUAUUCAAGUCUUUCUGAUUUCUCACUCAAACUCUACCUCUUGUGAAAUCUACUGUAGAUGAGAAGAUUGUAAUUAACCCAUCUUGUCAGAUCCAUCCAGAAACUGAUGCUCCAUACUGUUAAUAUUCAUGAAGUCUAAAUUGUCCUCCAUUUCAACGUGACUUUACCAUCUUAUGGUUGCGGAAGUGUGCUACUCCUAACCUGUACUAUUUUGAUGGUAUAGUAACACAGAGACGUUGUACAUAUUGUUACAUUCCUUGAAAAUGAAAAACUAUAAUUAUUGUUAAAUGCAUUUUGUGAAGGGGGUACUUUCGGAGUUCCAUUUAUUUUGCUAUAACAAAACCCUCUUUUAUAGACUAUCAGGGAGAUAUAUAAAAAUGUUAGGGAUAUUUAAUUUAUUAAAAUAAUUUGAAAAGUACAUAUUUUUAUGCAGUAAAAUUUUAAAUUGAUAUGGGUUUUUUUAAAGGAUUAUCUAGCUGCUUAAGUUAUCUUUCUAUAUUUUGCUUUGGAGAUGCAAACAUAACAAACUAAUACCAUAUUUCAAAUACACUGCCGUGGUUAAGAAAAUUACGUUAAGUAGUUUUGUACACGGAAUCUGAAAAAUAUUGUUCAAAGGCCUGAACAGAGCUUUGAAGAACAUUUCUGUUGACGGCUGCUGUGUUUGACAGUGCAUCCACAUAAAGGCAUGUUGAAGUAUCCCAAUAUUUCAUAUUAUGUACUAAAUCUGAAGUGAUUUUUAGAAUGAAUUCAUAACAUUCUAGAAGGCAAUUUUAAUGUCAAGCUAUCCUUUAAAAAAAAAAACAACUUUGUCCAGCUCUUAGAAUGAACAGUGCAUUCCCCAGCUUUGCAUUAGAAUUACAUUACCUUUUUAUCAGGAAAAAGUAGUAAUUAGACAUAUUAACCUCACUUAAGUUCCCUCCUAAAAAUGCUUUUAGUGCAGUAUUGACUUUAGCUAAUUGUUAUGUUGAUUAUAAUUUUUGUUUCUCUCGCAGAGGGGUCCAAUGUAAUGUCUUCAUUGAAUCUGGCCCUAGAUCAGUAGCCUACUUGUUUGCACUUUGAGGUAAAGAACAGUGAUUACCUGGCCAGUAACCCAGGCAGACAGCUGAAGCAGUUGUUACUACAUCUACAAGAGAACUGAGAAGUUCUAGGGCUUGCAUGUGCAAGCUUAACUAAUAGAUGACCUGCUGCCUACUGGCAUUCACAACCCUAAAGUAGGCCCCAGUGGUAUGUCAAUGCUGCAGAAGCAGCAUGUCCUGGCUGGAACUUCCCAGACAUGAUCUGUAAAUCCACUCCUAUUUAUCCUUUGCAUGGCGACUUUUGAGACCUCCAUCUCCACUGUGCAUGACAGCAGCUUCCAGAGAUGACCCUGGAUUGGCCUCACCAACGUAUUUCUGAGUUUGGAGUGCAUGGGCAUGUACAAGAACGGGUGGGGAGGACAUGCUUAGGAACGUCCAAGCCAGGACACUACCGCUGCAGUAUGGACUUGAACUCUUAUUUCCCUGUUGAAAGGAGCAUUGGGUACCUAAGGACAGGAUUCACAGAAGCCAGCAAAUGGUGCUAAACCAACUACACUGGUAGUAUGAAAUGCUGAAGUGAGGAGUGGGGCAUGAGCUCCAUCCUCAGUGGGAAUUAGAUACCUCACUUCAGUCACAGAAAGGUGAUUAGUUCUGCUCAGGAUUGUGAACUGCCUCCUGCAGUUAGUGCCUGAACCAAAAGGAGCGUUGUUUUUGGGAAGAAUGGAAAGUGAAAGAGACCUCAGUAAGCCAAUAGUCCAGUGAGUAGGACAGAACACCUGUUUUCUAGUUUCCAGUGUGCUUCAUCAGGAACUGAAAUUUUAUUCCAGGACCCCAUGUUCCAAGGGCAGUGCCAGACCACUGGAUUAGUUUGUUUGUUUUUUUUAAAUCGAAUCUCUUCUCUUUGAGUCUGAAUUAAGCAUACGCUGGAGCAGGGGCUUGAACCCAACCCCCACAUUGCAGAUGAGUGCCUUAAGCACCAGGCUGUUAUAUAAGUCUCAUUUUUCCCUCUCUCUGCCCUUGUUUGCGAAUCCUGUUGGGGCUUAAGACAUUAAGAAACUAAACAAUUUCAGGAGUUGAGCAGUUUUGUGUAUACCCAUUGGCAGACUCUUUGGUGUCUAGAAAUUUUGGGCAUGUCCAAGAUUAAGCGAGAGCUGAACAUGAGUUUU